UCAUAUGCUUCUGUUUGGGGCUGUGCAUGUGAAUCGAGAAACUGAAGGCUCUUCUUCUUCUUCUGCAGGGCCAGCCGCCCUCAGGGCAGAGAGGAAGCAGGAGAAGCAGCAGCAAAAGCAAGUGCAGAUAAUCAAGUAGAGUUAGAUUCUCACCGCAAAUGAGCAGACGGAGACUGAGAGAUGCCGCAUGAGUUGCUGUAAGCUUUACUUUCAAGCCAGUACGAGUGAGUUCGAUUCCUGUAAAAAAUUUCACUUGUACUUUCGAAUGGUUUAUACUGGUGAAGGAUUGAGAGGGACCCUUUAGAGUACUCAAUCUUAAACGGGUACGUCUGAAGAUUUAAAUGGAUUGGAUUUAUCCAUAUAAAGAGGGUGUGGAGUCCAGCUGCUGAUGAUUUAUGAACGAGUGUCUCCAAUCUUGUCAGGAGAAUUAGUUAAUUUUUGGUGAAUUUCAGUAUGGGUCCUGCCCAAGUCUUAGGUGAUUUAGGCCCGGAAAUACAUCUGGAAACCACUGCCAAAGUUCCUUCUGACAAAGAGAACAGAAGUUCCUCAGCAAUCCAAGAUGAAAAGGGUCUGAAGUGUAUGAGCAAUUAUGAGGACACCACAUUUGACAUGGAAAUUUUGUUGGAUCAUCAUAUUACUACAGCAGAUGAGACUGUUGAUACGGAGGUUGACAUAAUUGAAUGUGUGAAAGCUGAUGACCUCAGGUUGGCUGAAGUUGAAGAUCCAAAUGCGACUGAAUAUUCCAGUUCUUUUGAUACAAUUUUGGGAACUGCAGAUGGUUCAAGGUUGAGUGAUGCUGAAGUGGAGUCAAGAUUCUGUGGUGAUAGUGCGUCUGUUUUUGAUGGAUUUGAUACUGUGUUCAGAACAAGGAAAAAGAAGUUGACAGCUCAUUGGAGGAGGUAUAUACGACCUCUAAUGUGGCGGUGCCAAUGGUUAGAACUGAGGAUUAAGGAAUUUCAGUCCCAGGCAUUAAAGUAUGACAGAGAGCUUGCUGCAUAUGAUCAAAGGAAGCAGUUUGCUUCAGGGCAACUUGCAUUAGAAGGGUGUUGUAUGAGGUCACUACCAUUUCCUAGGCAGUUUCAGAGGAAAAAGGCCAUGAAGAGGAGAAAAAGGAAGAGAAUUGAAGAUACAAUUGAUAUUUCAUCAUAUAUGUCAUGCCAUAGCCUGUUCUCAUAUUAUGAGAAUAAGAGGUCUGAGGUAGAUGGUAUCUCUUUGGAUGAUGAUUGUGGUAAUCAAGUUAUUGUAGCAGAUCAAAAUGCCAAUGACAAUGGUGAGUUUGAUGUUGAUUACGAAUGGUCAUCACUUGAAUUUGGAGAUGGUGAUAAUCCUUUAGAGCAAAUCCUUUGGAAGAUUGAGGUUGUGCAAUCGAGAGUCCACAAAUUGAAUACCCAGCUUGAUAAGGUGAUCAGAAGUAAUGCUGGGUGGUUCUCUUCUGCAGAGAAUUUGAACCUGCUUCUGCCAUCUGAGGUGCCUUCAAGUUUUGCUCGAAGUCCUACCAUCUCUCCAGGCAACGGAGACACCACACAGGUUGGGGUUUUAUGUACUCCACCUCCGCAUGUCUCGGAGUAUGAGAUUGGAGAUCUGGUUCUGCCUGAAAGUGCAGUUUCAAGCUAUGGAGAGGUGACUGCUCCUUUUACUGACAUAAUUGAAAGCACAAUGGGACUACUAUCUGCUGCUGAUAUUGCUCUGGAUCAGCCACAGAUUGGUGAUUCUUGUGAAGAUAUUGUGGACGACGUUCUGAUACAUAAUCAGGCAAUUCAGGAAGAGUUGCAUUCUAUUGAAAGUUUUAAGAGUCGGCCCUCAGAGAAGCCUCUUGAACUAGUGAUAGAGCAAGAGAACAAGAUUUCUCCAGUUCGAGUGGCAGAACCUGACCUUACCCAAAAGACCAUAGUGGCUGAGGAGCAGUCUACUCUUAAGUCUUGCUUAGCGUCCGACUUUCAGGUCCCCAAGAGCAACAAGAGAAAGCGAGGGGAGCGGAAAGCUGGUUCUGGUGGUUGGAGCCAGAAAUCGUCAGGUGAGCCCGACCAUUGAACUCAUGUUUUAAGUAUUUGGUAUUGGCAGAGGCUGAUACCAAUUCCUGAUCAAUCCUGUAUUGGUGUGACAGUAGGGGCCAGGGGCUAAUCUGUCGCCCCUAAAAAAUUUCACCAAAAGUGAAGGUAAAACCAUCUGAUCUGUAUCAGUAUUGCUGUUACAGAUUACUAAAACAAUUAUUGAGCUUGAAGCUAUUCUUGGAAUUGGCCUUAGUUUUGGAAAUGGAGGCACUGAACGAAGAAUGGUCCAGUUUCUCUCUCUUAAGAGAUGCAAGAAACAUUUAUGUUGUAAAUUUUCUUAUUUUGAUCUCUCACUCUCUUUUUGGCUCAGUUAUCUUGAGAAUCCAAAACUCAAAAGAGAAUUGGUUUUUGUCUUAUAUUGAAUCAAGUCUGGGCUCAGCGUUAUUGGAGUUAUAGGUUUUUUUACUUCCAGAAUCCAUUCCAAUGAUGACAGGAACUGUGUUUACGAGCUGUAACUUUUACUUUGUUUCAAGUGAGUCAAAUCUUUGUCACA